CCAAAUGGAAGCAGACCUUCCUUCCAUUAAUCUUCUGAGCCCCGAAGCUCAAGUUGCAGCCCUGUAGCUAGGUUGAUCCACAAGGAAUCAGCAAAGACGAAAGGGGGAGAGAUGAACACCGUCCCGCCGGGGUUCCGUUUCUACCCGACCGAAGAAGAGUUGAUCGGUUUCUACCUUCAGAACAAGCUCGAGAACCGAAGAGAAGACAUGGAACAGGUCAUCCCUGUGGUUGAUGUCUACUGCCUCGAUCCAUGGCAGCUUCCUCCGUUGUCUGGAGAGCAUUGCAGGCGAGAUGGAGAGCAAUGGUUGUUCUUAUGCCCAAGGCAGGAGAGGGAAGCGCAUGGAGGGCGGCCGACUCGAACCACGCCAUCGGGCUACUGGAAGGCCACCGGAUCCCUGAGCUACGUGUUCUCGUCCACGAACCGAGUCAUGGGUAUGAAGAGGACCAUGGUCUUCUACCAAGGACGAACUCCCACCGGAACCAAGACCAGGUGGAAGAUGAACGAGUACAGAGCACUCGAGGAAGGUGCAACCACCGUUCCGCUAAGCGCAACACAGAAGCUCCGCAGCGAAUUCAGCGUGUGCCGCAUGUAUACCAAGUCAGGCUGCGUGAGAUCAUUUGAUCGACGACCCGCCGCCACCGCCGCCGCCGCUUCUGCUGCAACUGAUGCCCAAAGAAUGCCCGAGGUGCUGCCCUCAGGCAAUGAACCGUCUUCAUCGAAAAGGACCCUAUCUCAUGAAAGCUCUUCAUCCGAUGGCAAUGGCUCUCAGCGCUCCGUGCGACAACGGGGAGAAGACGAUCCGGGGUUGAUCGGCGAGAACGACGACUGCGACCUGUCGCAGGACUGGUUCUGAUCAUGAUGCACAACCAGACCUUAUCCGAGUAUUAAUUUCAUUGUUUAUUGAUUAGUUAAUUCCUUUUGGUUCUUCAUUAUAUGUGUUGGUUAACUUAGGAUAUUAGAUCAGCAGCAUGAGGGGGAAUAAAGAACGAAGAAGAGCAGAAGAUGAGAAGAGCAUCUCUGUGGGGGAGAGGGACCUAACCAUGUCUUGACUAUUGUAUUCUGAUUGACUAGUCGUGGAAAACUUUCUCAUGCCAUUGUUGUCAAUACAACUCAAUUGCAGUUGCCACU